UGAGCUCGAAGCCUUCCUUCACAGCUUCUCCUUGCCAUGCAUGGCCACAGGUGAAUCCGAUCACUCCGUCAGGACCCUCCACUCACAGAUAUGGCUUGCUUUUUUCUGAUUGUCUUUGCGAUCCUUGUUCUGGUUGUGUUGACGUGGCAGCUGAAGGUCAAGUCCUCGUUUGGCUCCCAGGAGCCCCCUCAUCUCCCCGCGCUGCCUUUAAUCGGCAGUCUGCUGAGUUUGCGAAGCCAACAUCCUCCUCACGUGCUUCUUAAAGAGCUCCAGAAAAAGUACGGACAGACGUACUCGCUGAUGAUGGGCUCUCACAGGGUAGUCAUCGUCAACCAGCAUGUGCACGCCAAAGAGAUCCUUCUGAAGAAGGGAAAGAUAUUUGCAGGGAGGCCCAGAACUGUAACUACAGACAUUCUGACCAGAGAUGGAAAAGACAUUGCAUUUGGAGAUUACAGUCCGGCCUGGAGGUUCCACAGAAAAAUCGUGCACGGAGCUCUUUGCAUGUUUGGAGAAGGCUCUGCCACCAUUGAGAGGAUGAUCUGUGCAGAGGCCCAGUCGCUGUGUUCCACUGUGUCCGAGGCAGCGACUUUGGGCCUGGCUCUGGAUCUGGCCCCUGAGCUGACUCGGGCCGUUACAAACGUGGUCUGUUCCCUCUGCUUCAACUCAUCCUACGCCCGUGGAGACCCAGAGUUCGAAGGCAUGCUGCACUACAGCCAGGGCAUCGUGGACACAGUGGCGAAGGACAGCUUAGUUGACAUCUUCCCCUGGCUACAGAUUUUCCCCAAUGCAGACCUGCGUCUUCUGAAGCACUGUGUUUCGGUCAGAGACAAACUUCUGCAGAAGAAGUAUGACGAGCAUAAGGCAGACUACAGCGACAACGUCCAGAGAGACCUGCUGGAUGCCCUGCUGAGAGCCAAACGCAGCGCCGAGAACAACAACACGGCGGACGUUGACGCGGCGACUGCAGGCCUCAGUGACGACCACCUCCUCAUGACUGUGGGGGACAUCUUUGGGGCCGGUGUUGAAACCACCACCACUGUGCUGAAGUGGGCAGUAACAUACCUCAUCCAUCAUCCAGACGUACAGAGGCGAAUCCAGGAUGAACUGGACACUAAGAUAGGAGCAGAUCGCUCUCCCCGCCUCAGAGACAGAGGCAGUCUGCCCUACCUGGAGGCCACCAUUAGAGAGGUGCUACGGAUUCGCCCAGUUGCUCCCUUAUUCAUCCCUCAUGUGGCACUAAGUGACACCAGUAUUGGAGAUUUCAAAGUUAAGAAAGGAACUCGAGUGAUCAUCAACCUGUGGUCUCUGCAUCACGAUGAGAAGGAGUGGAGCCAUCCUGAGCACUUCGACCCCGGGCGCUUUUUGGACAGUGAAGGCACAGGGCUGACCAUCCCGUCUUCUAGCUACCUGCCUUUCGGCACCGGGAUCAGGGUGUGCUUGGGCGAGGCCCUCGCCAAGAUGGAGCUCUUCCUCUUCCUGUCCUGGAUCCUACAGCGCUUCACCCUUUCCGUCCCACCAGGCCACCCCCUGCCUAGCCUCGAGGGCAAGUUCGGCGUGGUCCUCCAGCCAGUCAAGUACAAAGUGAAAGCUACACCCAGACCAGGCUGGGAGAGAGCAAAGAGCCAGAUGUGCUGAGAGCUGAGCCAUGCUCUACUUUCCGCUUCCAACACAGAGAACAGAGUUAAGAACUGGCCAGCAAACAGAACAGGCAGCCAAGGCUUUACACAGAUAACACUUUCCAAUAUAUAAAAUCCAUGAAUGUAUUUUUGCAGAAUAAACCACAUAAAAAUAUGCCUGCAAUCUGACAUGCAGGAACUGAACACAUUUUCUAAUCUUCACUGAACAAAUCUGAGGUGAGACGCAUUUUCACUCCGAAACACUAAUACAGACUGUUGUUACGUUACUUUAAAGUACAACUGUUACCUUAAUCUAUAUACUAAAGAAACGUUUUGUAUAUUGCAGCAGUACACUUGCUGCUUUACUUCACUUUUUUAUGCCUCGAACAUUUAAUGGAAACAUUAAAGUCAUAUUACUGAUAAAAAUCCGUUUCGAUUGUAAAGUUUGUUCACAGUGAAGGUGCUCGAUCUGAACCGAUCUGAUACAGAGCAAAGAAGAGAGGCUCUGCCGGCGCUGCACUUUAGGUUGAAAAAAAGUAGAACAGAACAGAAGGUGAGUCUUUAUUUGAAGGGCUGUGCAUAAUACUGACAUGGCACUGUCAUAAACAUGACAUAACAUCUGUCUUAAACAUGAAGGAGUCUUUAUGAAUGUUUAUGACUGUUGUGAUGAAGCGUCAUUUGAUAAAUAAUGACACUUUUAAUGCAAAGUUGACACUUUUAAUAGACUUCUAAUGCAAGUUUUAAUGGAAUCUUGCAUUAAAGGUGCAUUUAUUUACCGAAUAAUGCAAAACUGACACAUUUAGUGGACUUUUAAUGCAACUUUUAGUGCAGCUUUGUAUUAAAAGUGAAACUAUUUAUAAAAUGACACUUCAUGAAGACAAUAAUGAAGGCUCCUUCAUGUCCAUGACAGGAAGUUAUGUCAUGUUUGUGACAGUGUCAUGUCAAAUAACACCCCGUCAAAUAAAGUCUUACCAGAUAGAAUAGAUUCAGGUGAGAGUUCUCUUCACUCUGGAUCCAUUCUGAAUAACACUGAACCCUACCACAGCCAGGAUCAAACUGGUCACAGAUUGUGAUGGCCAUCAUAGUCAUAAAACUCUACAGCCCUAAAUAAUGUCAGAGUUCAAUACAACUGUUUUUCAGAUGUCCACCAUGUCUUAGCUACAAUCUGGACGUUCGUUUUAGUGAACGAUGCUUAAAAUCACCGGGGACAAACAUGUCAGGACACCGUAUUUGUCGGAGUCUUUUACCAUAGUGUUAAAUACUGGUAGAUACAAAUGUAAUUAUAAGCAAUAUAAAAUGUAUAUAAAAACAUUGAGGGAUGAACUCCGUCCACCUGCUGCCACCGUUGUCACCAUAAGCAUCUUGUGGUGUUUUCGACAGAUCAUGCUCAGUUGUGGAGAUUUCCUGUGCAGUCUUAAAAAGUUGAUACAGGUAAAAAACAAAAAAAAAAAGUCUGCAUAAUGCUCUUUACUAUUUUAAUUUGGUGUUUACAGGGAAUCCCUAUGUACAUGUCAAAUUGAGGACAUUUUGCCCCCCGCCCCAAAAAAACAACCAGAAAAAUUAAAA